UUCCACAUUGGGAAUUCCACACACUUAUGAAAUCCCACAUGCAAAUAGCAGAAAUGAGUUUGAACCAAAAUCUCACAUUGCCACCUAACACAACUUCCUUCCCUGAUGCUGCUGGUGGAAUCACAGAAGGUUGUAUCACAAUUCUGGGACUGGCAGCAGGCAUCCCAACCUUGGUGGCCAUGGUCCUGCUUGUAGCUUUAAUUGUGGUCUGUGCUCAGAAAAGAAGAAAGGAUGGGCAUACACAGGAGAACCAAAGACCAAACGAUUUUCCAGACAUCUACGACAGUUCUGAAGUAUCAUUGGAGAAUCUCAGCAGCCCUGACAUGGAUGUGAGGGAAACAAUAGAGAUGGAAGAGACUCACGUGUAUGUGAAGACCGUAACAGGGACAGAAGAACUAUCAUACGAUGCUUACUUUCCUAGAACUGAAAUUGAAAAAAAGCACAGUUUGCCAAGGUGGCUUUUACCCAAACGGGGCAGGAAAUGAAAUAGCCUCAGCUACUGAUUUCAAACUUACUCCAAAAACAAAAAAACCUAGUCCAGAGAAAUACUUGGGUUUAUACUGGAAGUCAGUUAGAAUGCCUAGAUGGUGCCUAGCCAACACAAAUUUUCUUCAUUGAUCUGAAAAAAAUAUUUCAUUAGCAUUUGAAUUGAUUUAUUCUAUUAGUAUUUAGGUUCUGCCUGAAUAAUGAAGUACUUGGUAAUGAGGUACCGCUCAUCCAAGUCCAUUGCUUAGAAGAAUGAUGACUCUAGCACCUUAAGCACUUGAAUUCCAUCUCUAGUACUCCCAUUGGUUUUCCUGGGUGACCUUGAGCAGUGUUCUAUUUCCCCACAUCUGGCCUUUCCCACCUUGCCUUCCUUUAAUCAUGGGUCAUAUCUCUUAUUCACAAAGAAGCCAGCAGAUCAGGUUUGGACUUUUGUUUAAAGAAAUGACAAUGCUCCUGAGUAGCCACAUGAGACCAGAGAAGCAUUGGAUGAGGCAAAGUCAUCACUACCUUCUGGACAACUGAGACUCGAUAUUAGGUAGAUAGGAAACAGUUACAUUGACCUCAGGUCAACCCACAAGAUACUACUGAAUACAGUUUCUACCUAGCUUUCCCGUCUCGUAGAGGCAAAAGCCUUAACAUCAGAAACUGUUAAAAUAGCAAUUGGGCUACCUACCAACAUAAACCUGAGGGUAUAUGUGUGACAUCCACUAUCCACAGCCUAGAGUUCUACAAGCUAAUUUCUGAAUAUGUUACAAGGUACUGGUGAUGCUUUGUUGAACUUAAAGUGAAUUUUAAUUGUCUCUUUUUCCCGUAGAGGCCAACUGCUUAUGUCAAUAGCUACCUCUGCAUCUGCACAGACUGUCUCUCAUGCCUGGAAU